ACGUCUGCAACUGGACCCUUCAAGCCACGUGACGAGAGACGGAAGCAUUUAUCAGAACCGCUCUUCGGUUAUUCAUAUUUAGCAUGGCCGAAUCGUUAGAAGGGGUUGGCAGAGAUACCAGCAUUGACCACAUGUUGGAGGCUGGGGGGGGACUUUUAGCAGAUUUUAUCAUUGAUCGUGUACGUCGCCAUGGGAAUGAUGAGCUGACUGUCAACUAUGCAGACUUAGGUGGGACUGAAUUGCAUGACCCCACCCUUAAACAGGUGGCACAGUGUCUACGGCAGAUUGGAGAUGAACUGGACAACAACGAGGAACUGCAAAGGAUGAUUAACAAGCCGGAUCUUCAGCCGACCAAAGAGGUGUUUUCCCAGGUAGCCUGGCAAAUUUUCUCUGAUGGCAAAUUCAGCUGGGGCAGGGUGGUUACCCUCUUCUACUUCGCCUGCCGCCUUGUCAUUAAAGCUCUAAUAAAGAAGGUCCCAAAUGUAAUACGAAUAAUAUUUAGUUGGACGAUGGACUACUUGCGAGACCAUGUGAUCAGUUGGAUUAUGGAGCGCGGUGGCUGGGAGGAUGUCAGGUCCUACUUUGGGACACCCACAUGGCAAAUGACGGGGGUGUUUGUGGCUGGUAUCCUCACUGCAUUCCUGGUCAUUCACAAGAUGUGAUGCCAAGGCAUGGAGGAGUUGGCCAGGACGGGACCACUCUUUAGAAGAAUCCAGGGAUUGACCUAUCACGAACAAUAGCAAUCUGUUAGACCUGAAGUAUGUCACUUACAAUACUGUGUAUAAGUCUUAAGCAGUCAAAGAAAAUGUUUAAAUGGUCUUCAAGUUGGUAUACAACUAUAAUGAUAUGUCUGUGAAAGAGGUAAUUUAGUCAUUUCAAAACCUCUUCUAAAAUCAGCCCAGUAUUUUCAGCAACCGUCCAAAACACUAAUGUAUUUUUUGACUGGACCACUACCCCACCGUGUUUGGGUAAUUAGUACCUCAUCAUGUGAUUUAACCAAUUAAGUUGAUUAUUUUUUUUGAGCCAGAGAUGAAACAUGAAAUUUAAUGAAUACAUGGAAUAGCUGAGGUGCCCCUGAGGAGAGGUUUGGGAAUCAAAAAAGCCAUCCAACCAGAUAUUUGUAACUUAUAGUAACAGGAGAGAGGAAAUUCUUGUUUAUUUAUUAUUGUGCUAAAUGGCAUAUAUUCUAAUGUUUAGUUUUUUUUUUCCUAAGCAAAUACUUACUACCCAGACAAUUGUCUUAAACAUUUUCUUUACCACAGUACUAUAUGUUAGUACCUCUUCAGUAGCAGCCCUGAAAAUCGUACCUGUGACCUCUUUACCUCCAACCUCUCUAGCUACCUCUUAUCCACAUCAUCUAUUUCUCUACCUCUGCACCACAUCAGUCCACAUUGCGUAAGGUGGCCAAUGAAAAGGUACUCCCUGUGUAGGUUACCUUUAGUGUAGUGUAAAUGUCUUGCAUUAUUAUGCUGUAUGAUAAAGAGGUUGUAUAGAACUGCUUCACAACAACGUACAUAGUAAGAUUGCAGAUUGUGUAAAAAUGCUACUAUUUACAAUACAUAGUAUACAGACUCCAUGCUAAUACUUUAUAACGCAGUGUUUUUUUCUUUCUUUUCAGUUUCAGUAAACAAGAAAUAUGGUUAUUUUAUACUAGUACUAUACAUUUUGUACCUUUCAGGUUUUGAAGUUUACAAAUAACCAGUUUCAUACAAUAAAAACUAUUCUUUUUAGUUAAUAAAGGAUUUCAACUGGGGCUGGGCGCCGAACACCCCCCCCCCCCCC